AUGAACCCGAACGCCAAUUCCUUCCAGGGCUUCCGACCUGGUGCCAAUAGCUUUGUUCCAGGAGCUCAGGACGGAAGUCAACCUCCCUACCCCGGUUACUACCCUGGACAGGGGGGCUACGGCAAUGCUCAUCCGAACUACCAACAGCAAGGAGCACCUCAAAACUAUGAAGCCCCCUCUCGUCCGCCUACUCAACAACCUCCCUCCGAACCCACUGCAACGGUGAACAAUAAUGGUGCUAAAACCUUGUCGAUCUCAGCUACAACCCGACUCAAGCAAAUGAACGCCAACUCGGACAAGCCGGCAGUCGUUUCACUGAGCAUUGGGAAGAAGAAGGACCCCGCCCCCGGCCCUGCUUCCAAGCCUUCGACCGAUCCCAAACUAUCAUCAGCCGCCCGGUCCCAGAGCUCACCGCAGGCCAAAAAAGUCAUCACCAUCGGCAGUUCAACCAAGUCCCAAGCUCCUACGCCUCCCACCCAGAGUGGAACUCCUGAACCUCCUCCAGUCGAUCCAGCUCCCGCUAGCACACCUGCAGUCGAAGCGACCUUGGAUGCAGCCACCAAGACGUUGACGAUCGGAGACGCCCGUAGACCAGUUCUCGAUGCCGAUGCGAUCAAGAAAGAGGUCGAAUCAGCAGUCGAUGAAGAGACACUGCGAGACUUGUAUGAAUCAAAGAAGGAUGACGUCAAAGAGGAGGGCAAGCCGCAUGCGAACCUUGUUUUUAUCGGACACGUCGAUGCGGGCAAGUCGACGAUGGGCGGAAACAUCCUCUAUCUCACGGGGAUGGUCGACAAGCGGACGAUGGAGAAGCUAGAGAAGGAAGCCAAGGAUGCUGGCAAGGAGUCGUGGUACCUCAGUUGGGCAUUAGAUUCGACCAUCCAAGAACGUGCCCAAGGAAAGACCGUCGAGACCGGCCGAGCAUACUUCGAGACAGACAUCCGAAGAUACACCAUCCUGGAUGCCCCAGGCCACAAGACGUACGUUCCUGCGAUGAUCUCCGGCGCCAGUCAGGCCGACAUCGCCAUCCUCGUCAUCUCGGCUCGUAAGGGCGAAUUCGAAACCGGCUUCGAACGAGGCGGACAGACCAGAGAGCAUGCUAUGUUGGUCAAAACAACCGGGGUUCCCAAGCUGGUGGUCGUGAUCAACAAGAUGGACGACAUCACCGUCGAAUGGGACCAGGCAAGAUACGACGAGAUCGUCAAUAAGCUGACCCCGUUCCUCAGACUCUCCGGCUUCAAUCCGGCCAAAGACCUCACUUUUAUCCCUGUUUCUGGUUACACGGGUGCGAACAUCAAGGAUAGACUUGCGAAGGACAAGUGUUCGUGGUAUGAUGGACCAUCUCUCCUCGAGCUGCUAGACAACAUGAAGUUGACUGACCGCAAGUAUAACGCCCCCUUGAUGAUGCCGAUUUCGGAGAAAUACAAGGACAUGGGCGCAGUAGUCGUAGGCAAGUUAGAAUCUGGCAAAGUAACCAAAGGAGAAUCUGUCCUCAUGAUGCCCAACAAGACACCCGCCGAAGUAUCUGCUAUCUAUAAUGAGAUGGAAGACGAGAUUCCUCGGGCGCUCUGUGGUGACAAUGUUCGGAUUAGACUGAAAGGCAUCGAGGAUGAAGACAUUAUGUGCGGCUUCGUGCUGACGGAUGCCCACAAGCCGAUCCACACGGUAACCCGGUUCGAAGCCCAACUAGCGAUCAUCGACUCCAAGAAUAUCAUCUGUGCCGGCUACGGCGCCGUCAUGCAUGUCCACACCUUGGCCGAGGAAUGCACGCUCUCCGCCCUCCUCCACUACUACGACAAGAAAACCGGUAAGAAAUCUAGGAGACCUCCCCAGUUCGCUAAGAAGGGCAUGAAAGUCGUCGCACUCUUGGAGACCGCCGCUCCCAUUUGCGUGGAAACAUUCAAAGACCAUCCUCAACUGGGCCGAUUCACUUUGCGAGAUGAAGGCAAGACGAUUGCGAUUGGCAAGAUCACCAAGCUGUUGGAAAGCGCCAACCCCGACGAGCCUUCAACCAAAGCUUAA